CUCCCGGUCUUCAGGAAUAUUAUUAUGAGGAAAAUCAGGAUAACUCUAUUGAAGUACCAUUAGAAACGCGUAAAAUAUCAAUAGAACCAUUUGACCUUGAGAGUAUUCAUCUAACUGAAAAUAUAGAAGACAGCAAGUCUUUUGACAAUAGAGAUAGUUCACUUUACCCAGUAGUACCAGAGAUGUCUUUUGAUAAUUGA